AGUCGCAAGCAGUAGUAGUAGUCGUGGAGAGUCGGUCCUAGCGAUGCGUGGAACGCAGGUCACAGGAAGUGUGACCAAAAAACAAAAACAAAAACAAAAAACAAAAAACAAAAACAAAAACAAAUCAUAAAAUGGCAUUCCCCAGAAACUUCAGAUUGUGUUCUUUUUCUCGCGACACCAAUCCCUCCCCUUAUUCUCCACUUCUUUAAUUUUUUUAAUUCUUUGCGCCUUUUAAAUUCUAAACCCCCCCUUCCCCACCGUUUCCUUAUUUACCUCCCCCUCUCUCUCUCUCUCUCUCUCUCUCUCUGUCUUUCUUUCUUCUCUCAGCUUUUGAUCUUCUCUCCGAGUUCAUCAGCAUUGCUCGCAAAUUUUCCUUUCUCAUAUUCCUUGAUUCAUGUUUAAAACGUGUGUUAUAAUUUUCAAUACCAUAACCAACCAAAAACUUUCUGUUUUUUAAUUUUUUAAUUUUUUUUUUUUUUGUGUGUUUUGCGUUUUGCUUUGAUUUAAUGUGUGAUAUUUUCAAUAUACUUGUAUAAAUAGGAAAACAGAUUUUAGUUAUUAAAAAAGCGGUAGAGAGAGAGAGAGAGAGAGAGAGGAAAUGGGAGAGGUGGUGAAGGUGCUGUACAUAGUGGUGGUGGAUCAAGAUGAAGAAGACAAAGGGAAAGAGUCGUUUAGAUACACGCGUCCGGUUCUGCAGAGUACUCUGCAGCUCAUGGGAUGUAAAGCUCGACACGCUUUCAAGAUAAGCCAAAGAGUGUUUGAAAUGAUUAAAAGUGAAAUCCCAAUUGAUGCUUUGCUUCCAGAGGAAACAAGUAUGUCAAGAUUGGAUGCUUUAGUAGGUUCUGAGAAGGUAGAUGGUUGUCCUACCACUGGUUGCUUGGAUAAAACUGAGGUAGGCAACCAUUUGGAUGCAGGGAAAGAUGGUAGAAGUAAUAGCAUACCAUUUCAAUUGUACAAAAGGCGGACGACAAUAGUUGUCAGAAGAGAAAGUUUCCUCGAUGUUGUUUGUGAUGCUCUGGCUGAGUAUAAGUAUGUGGGCCCCAACCAGAGGGCUGAUUUGAUUUUGGCAUGCAGAAUUCGAGAAAGGAAGGAAUCUAUAACUGUACUGUUGUGUGGAACUAGUGGCUGUGGCAAGUCUACUUUGUCUGCAUUGCUGGGUAGCAGGUUGGGAAUCACUACAGUGGUAUCAACUGACUCUAUCCGCCAUAUGAUGAGAAGUUUUGUAGAUGAGAAGCAAAACCCUCUACUCUGGGCUUCAACCUACCAUGCAGGGGAGUUUUUGGAUCCUGUGGCCGUUGCAGAAGCAAAGGCCAAAAAGAAAGCAAAAAAGUUGGCAGGCAUUUCACACUCACUUCCAAAGGAUGAUCUACCUGACGGUAUGACAACUGGGAAAUCUGAUACUCAAUCAUCUGAGGUGGGUUCUAGUACAACUGAAUUGAUCAGUCCAAAGCAGAUGGCUGUUGAAGGAUUUAAGGCACAAAGUGAGAUGGUAAUUGAUAGUCUUGAUCGUCUGAUCACUGCAUGGGAAGAGCGAAAAGAAUCAGUUGUUGUUGAGGGUGUUCACCUGAGCCUUAAUUUUGUGAUGGGGCUUAUGAAAAAACAUCCUUCUAUCAUACCAUUCAUGAUAUACAUCACAAAUGAGGACAAACACUUGGAAAGAUUUGCAGUCCGUGCUAAGUAUAUGACACUGGACCCAGCAAAAAACAAGUAUGUGAAAUACAUUCGAAACAUCAGAACAAUCCAAGAAUAUCUAUGCAAGCGGGCUGACAAGCAUCUUGUCCCCAAAAUAAACAAUACCAAUGUUGAUAGGAGUGUAGCAGCCAUCCAUGCUACAGUCUUCAGCUGCCUUCGUAGGCGUGAGGCAGGGGAACAGCUUUAUGAUCCUACCACAAACACUGUAACUGUUAUAGAUGAGGAGUACCGGAUCCAGUGUGCUGCCAAUUCAUUGAGUUCCAAGGGAAUGUUUCAACUGCUUCAGAGGAAAGGUUCCUCCAGGCAUCUCAUGGCUCUUGUCAAUACUGAUGGAUCUGUUGCAAAGGCUUGGCCUGUUGAUUCAGUUGAUAGUAAUGGGAAGCCUAUUUUGGGCCAUGGGACUCAGAUUGGUAAGGCGGAACCAGUUAAUCUUCAGUUUGGUCUCUAUGGGAUCAGUGCCUGGCCCUGUGGUGGUGCCACUAGCCGUGCUGGAAGUGUUGAUGAGUCAAGGGCUGAUGGGACUGAUACUGGUAGUAAAUAUUUCUCUUCUUGCUGCAGUUCACCAAGAAUGUCUGAUACGCCUUCCAAGGAGCUCAAGGAGGAACUUUCAGUGCAUGGAAGUGAUGAAGAGGUUGAUGACCCACCUGAGGUGGGUAGUGACGAUGAUCUCAGUGAUGAUGUUGACAAAUUGGUCGAUGAAGAGAUUGGCUCUGUUGAUGAGGAGUCUACAAAGUCGGACGAAGAGUAUGAUGAUCUGGCAAUGCAGGACAUGCAGGAGAACGGCUACUGGUCAGAUGAUGAUGAGGAGGCCAAAGAUAAGGUCAUGCCUGGUUCUAGGGACCGAAACCUGGACAAUUUCCAUAGAACUAAAAGUGAAACUUUAUCAGAGCCAUGCUCCUACUCCUCUAUUCUCUUGGAGAAGAAUGAGAGGAGAAAGCCUAGCAAUGGCAAAAUGAGAAGACGCUCCCUCAGCAUUCCAGCAUUUAGAAAGCAUGGGGCGUUUAUGGAUGGUCCUAUUCUUUCUGCUACUCCUAAGGGGUAGUGGAAAAUUUUUGUCUCAGUUUUUAGUGUAUUUCCUUUGCAUUAACCGUUUUCCCUUUCUAGCUUCUUCUUCUUCUUUUUGUCCUUACUAAGAGUAUGUAGCCAUGUAAAUAGUAUAGCUUGUUACGGUUGAAUGAUUUUGAGCUCUCUUUAAGUGUUUUUUUGGUUUUUUGUAAAUGCAAGUGUUCAAUCUAUAUGAAUGUAGAAGCGACCCAUUAAUCCAA